AUGGCUUCAACAGACCGCCCAACCAGUUUUAUUUAUUCCCUAGUAAAAAACGAGAGUUCCUCGGCUCUAAGUCCCGUAGUGAAACAGUUGCUAUGUGACAUUGGGGUUGCAGACGAUGUUUCCAGCAGAAGUGUUGCUGCCGAGGUCUGUACUGAGCCAGCAGCAGUACGGGGGCGCCUACGACGUCAACAAGACCUGCUGUCUGCAGACGGGUUUAUUCUGUUUGAUCAGUGUGCUGACCUGCUGCCCAGGAUUUCAGGUCAGCCUGCCGAAGAUUAUUACAUAAACUCAGUGUCUGCCCUGGCAGAGACGUUCAGAUGUUCACAAGAUAUUCUCCAAGACAUGCCACUUGAGGAGUUUUCUCACAUUUAUGAAGAGUCCUUGGUGGCCUUGGAUUGUUUUAUAAUAAUCUCUCUAUUUUUGCUUGGAGGGAAACAGUGUCCCCUGAUGUUGAAGGACCUGAUCACUGCUAGAGAGCUGGAGCAAUCCCUUGGACCUCAUGUGCUGCGACUGUUGCAAGUUGUCAUCGGACCACCCGUCUCUAUGAACAUCCGCAAUGUUUGCUGGCAUGGCUUCCUGUCGGAGCAUGAACUCCCACGAAGGUACAUCUUCUUCCUGUUGCUGCUGACGGCCAGUCUGGGGCGGGUGUUGCAAGAUCGGGGGAUCUACCAUGGGGAUAUUUGUGCCAGAGAUUACCACUCGUUGACAAGGACCGAUGACAUAGCACUGCCUGACGCUGCAGCCAGAUCUCUGGAGGAAUGUUUAUUAAACAGCUGGCUUGUUACCAGUGAAAACAUUAACUUCUUCAAAGCUGCUCUUGCGUUCCUGAAACAUCAAAAGUACGGGCUGUGUUCUGUCCUGCUGCUGCCACUGCUAGAGCACUCACUGAGGCGGCUGUUUGUGGUUGUCAAUGAUUGUCCUCACAGACUUGUUACUGCCGAGGCAACCAGUUUGUACACAACAUUUGAAGAGAUCCUAGACCAGAGCCUGCCUGACCGUCGAGAGAACAAACUGGGUCAAGUUCUGGGAGAACCCUGUAUGGAUCUUCUGCAUGAUUUGCUGAUAUACCCAGGUGGACCCCGGGUCAGAGAUAAACUGGGUCAUGGAGAGGCCGACUGCCACACAGUUCCGGGAUCCUUGCCUGUAAUUUUGUUGGUUAUUUUUGCUAGACUUGCCAGGAUAGCACAUGAUGAUGAUGAUGACUUUGAGGUGAGUUCAUGCACACCGGUUGCAGAAAUGUUACAUGGAUUGUCCGGCUACAGGUCUGUGUUCCAUCCUGUAUCACUGCUACAUCAGAGAAUUCAGAACUUGUGCUCAGUAGCUGCAACACUUCCUGCUGACCUACAUACAUCGCCAGGUUUGGAAAAUUGGAAUCUGGGAGAUGGUGUUGAGGUUUUCUUCAACAAGAAUGAAGUGUUCAUGGACAUUCAGCAGUCUUUAACUCAGUGGUUAGAGAGUAUAGCAGCCAGCAUGGGGGCAGUGACCUUGAGUGAAUGGCAGCAGAUGAGACCCAGGUUGUCGACACCAUUUUCCUGUGUCUAUGAAGAUGUCACACGCAUGCUGCCGCACAAGCUAAAGACUUUGUACCGGUGGCAGAAAGAUGUGUAUACAGUGAAGAAACUAGAUGAUGGCGUCCAGCAGACGCUGCAUUUGGACAUCAGACGUCUCGUCAGUUCUGAAAAUGUCAAGGUCACUGAGAGUGAAAUUGUCGGCAUCUUGUCAAGAAUGAUUGCAGAAACUGAAACAGUCCUCACACAGACCAGGUUGGCUCUACAAUUGAGGCAGGAACAGUUACAGAAAAAACAACUCCGAUCCCGGCAAAGGGACAAUUUGACCAGGUUGCUGGCCUUCCUUCCUUGUGCCAGUUUGCUGGCCAACUAUGUUGCUGUGCUGUCUGCCUGGCAAGUCUCCCACCUGGAUGACUACCAGACUCUGGACACUAGAGGACUCAAGACACUUCAGAGAUUUCUGAAGAGUACUCUACGAACUUGUGAGAAUGUGAGAACUUUCACGUCAAGAGAGAGCAACAAGUGGAGCCAGGCCAGUCAGGUUUUAGUCGAGGAGCUCAAGUCGGCGGUCAAGUUGUCGGGACUGUCUGUGUUUUUUGGCAAAGCUGUUGAGGGUAAGUCUUUCUCACAUAUGUUGUGA